ACGUGUCACACAAGCCCUGACCACAACUUGAAACUCGAGAUUCAAACUCAAGCUCAAGCAUUGAGCAAUCCAUAGCACAUAAUAGCAACCAUGGAUCCGGCAGACAUCCCACUGCCAGCUUUUCUAGACCCCCUCCUUAACUUCCUCGCUGAUCAGCUUCCCCCACCUCUGUAUUCAUUUCUGCUCUCAUUUCUCUCGCACUCGCUUGCAUUAUUCACAGCGCUUCUUUCGCUGAUCUCGUCCCUAAUUUCCUCCAAACCAUGGCAAUGGGAUGCACAAACUAUCCUUCCUCCUCUUAUCAGCUUCCUUGCCGCAUAUCUCGCACUAGUCAGUCUAUAUAGAACUACUAGUUGGAUGGUUAGAACCAGUAUCUGGUUCAUCAAGUGGGGAACCAUCUUCGGAGCGCUUACUGCUGGGCUGGGGUGGUAUAUGGGGCAGAAUGCGGGUGUUGGAAGCACAAGCAUCAUCUCUAGCUUAGCCGGAUUCAUUUCGAACGUGCUGAAUGAGCAAACCCAGACCACUCCUGGUACAUCACCCAAGACGCGUACGCAACGCAAGUCAAAUGACCGUCCCAAAUCGUGGGAGUCAUUUGAGAAGCACAGGCAAUGGCAGUAUCAGGAGCGUGACGGGAAUCAAGAAGGGAAUGACGCUCAAAAGAUCAUGUCAAACAUCGCCAAAGCUGCCAAUCGCUUACUAGCGGAAGGUGGAUGGUGGGACGCAGCUCGGGGGGUUUUUGACGGGCCGACCUCCGAUGAUAAAGCCACUAGCAGUGACAGCGACAGAACGAAGAAGAGUAGGAGUCGAUGAUACGUGUUUCAAGCGUAGGCACACUUAUUAUAUAUC